AUGCAGGCAAAAGCGGAAUAUAUGGCACGACUUCUUAAGGAAAAAGAAAAUUUGAGAGCACUUCCAAACACUUUCCAAUUUAAGCAUGCUGUUCGUCUCGUUGAUGAAGAGAUUGCUAAAAUUCGUGAAAGUAUGGAACGAAUGACGGAGAUAAAUGAAGAAAGAACAGAUAGAGCGGAAACAACAACAGCAUCAGAAGUACAAAUACAUCAAGAAGCAACCACUGAUAAACCAUUACAAGCAGCAAGUGGAAAAAAAGUUUUCCUGCAAGAGAAAAUAUUCGUUCCAGUGAACGAAUAUCCUAAUUACAAUUUUGUUGGGCGUAUUCUUGGUCCACGCGGAAUGACAGCAAAACAACUUGAGGAGGAAUCUGGUUGUCGUAUUAUGAUUCGUGGACGUGGAUCGACCCGUGAGGGCAGCUCAAGUCGUCAAACUAUCUACAAUGAUAAUAUGAAGGAAGAAUUGCAUAUAUUAGUGCAAUGCGAAGAUUUCGAAGAAAGAGCAAAGGAAAAAAUAAAACGAGCUGUUGAAUGUAUCCGUUAUAUGCUUAUUCCACCGCCAGAAGGUGAAGAUGAGCUAAAACGUAAGCAAUUAAUGGAAUUAUCGAUCAUUAAUGGUACCUAUCGACCAACUAUUGCUUCCCGACUAGCGCUUCGUAAUCGUUCGCUACUGCCAGCAAUCAAUUUUGGCCAAAAUGGAAUGGAGAAUGCAGUCCGCGGAAUGAACAAUCUUCCGAUAUUUGCAAAUGGAAGCAAUGAGGGUGAUAGACGUUCUACAUUCUAUGAUCCCAGGUAG